AUGGCGCUAAACUUGACUAUCAGCAGUAGCAACCCACCUCUAGGGGCGCUGUUGACUGCUGAACAUGUGAAGGGCAGUGUCAAUCUCUCUGUGGAGGAGGGCAAAGACACCAUGCUCCAUGUCUCUGAUCAGGUGCAGUUCAGUGACGUCAACUCCAUCACGCGUUAUCUUGCACGAGUGGCUCCAGCGUUGGGACUCUAUGGUUCUAACAUGAUGGAGCAAACUGAGGUUGAUCAUUGGCUGGAGUUCAGUGCCCGUCGUCUCUGUGCUCAGUCAGAUCUCUCUUCUGCUAUGGGGGAUCUGGAUAAAGCUCUGGCACUGAGAACCUUCCUGGUCAUUUUGGAGGAUGUGGCUAUGCUACACAUCAAACCGGACCAGUUCACCUACACAAGCGAUCACUUUCCCGCAAUCCUGCGCAUGGGAGAGAAACUUCUACAGGAGGGCAAGGCCUACAUAGAUGACACUCCUCCAGAUGUCAUGAAACAAGAAAGAGAGCAAAGGGUCGAGUCUCGCAACCGGAACAACUCUGUGGAGAAGAACAUGCAGAUGUGGGAGGAGAUGAAGAAAGGCACAGAGUUUGGCCAGACCUGCUGCAUGAGAGCAAAGAUCGACAUGAAUUCCAACAACGGCUGCCUGCGUGACCCCACACUCUUCCGCUGUAAGAACGCUCCUCAUCCUCGCACCGGCAGCACUUACAAAGUUUAUCCCACAUACGAUUUUGCGUGCCCCAUUGUGGACAGUGUUGAGGGGGUGACGCAUGCUUUGCGUACCACUGAGUACCACGACAGAGACGAGCAGUUCUACUGGGUAAUAGAUGCCCUUGGUUUGCGUAAACCAUACAUCUGGGAGUACGCCCGACUCAAUCUUAACAACACUGUGCUCUCCAAGAGGAAGCUCACUUGGUUUGUCGACCAGGGCUAUGUGGAUGGCUGGGAUGACCCUCGUUUCCCAACAGUCAGAGGUGUGCUACGUAGAGGAAUGACUGUUGAGGGACUCAAACAAUUUAUUGCUGCUCAGGGAGGCUCGAGAUCUGUAGUCAAUAUGGAGUGGGACAAGAUCUGGGCGUUCAACAAAAAGCUGCCAGUUAGCUGUAAAAAGGUCAUUGACCCAAUAGCCCCAAGAUACACUGCCCUACUAAGCUCGCAGGUCAUUCCAGUCUGCAUUUCUGAGGCCAAGGAGGAGAUGAAAGAGGUUGCCAAACAUCCCAAGAAUGCAGAUGUGGGAAUGAAGCCAGUGUGGUACGGGCCAAAGGUCUUUAUUGAGGGUGCGGACGCAGAAACUUUCACAGAGGGUGAGACUGUCACCUUCAUCAACUGGGGAAACAUCAUCAUCACCAAAAUUCACAGGGAUGCCAGUGGAGCAAUCACGUCACUAGAUGGUCGUCUGAACCUGGAGAACACUGAUUAUAAGAAGACCACUAAGAUCACCUGGCUCACUGAGUCCAGCCGUGCUCCAUUUGUGCCUACUGUCUGCGUCAACUACCAGCACCUCAUUACCAAACCGGUUUUGGGCAAGGAUGACGAUUUCAAGGCUUACAUCAACAAGAACAGCAAGAUAGAGGAGAAAAUGUUAGGAGACCCUUGCCUGAAGGACUUGAAGAAAGGUGACCUCAUACAGCUGCAGAGACGGGGUUUCUAUAUCUGUGAUCAGCCUUAUGAGCCAAUCAGCCCCCACAGCUGCAAGGAGAGUCCCUGUGUCCUGCUCUACAUCCCAGACGGACACACAAAAGAGAUGCCCACUGCUGGCUCCAAGGACAAGAGCAAGAGCCAGACAGCUGCUAAACCUGUGAAGGCAGAGUCUGUUCCUCUGAGCAAAGCCAAACAGGCUCCUGUCUCCAGCCCAGCGCCGGCCGCACCAGGAGACUCUUCUGCCCUAUUCUCCAGCAUUGCGGCUCAGGGAGACCUGGUCAGACAGCUCAAGACAGACAAGGCCCCUAAAGAACAAGUGGACGCUGCUGUAAAGCAGCUCUUGGCUUUGAAAUCUGAGUUUAAACAACAGACCGGACAGGAGUACAAACCUGGCAUGGCUCCACCUCCAUCUGCCCCAGCACCAAAGAGCUCCGCCCCCACCCCUGCAGCAGGAAGUCCAAGCCCUGCCUCCACCGGUUGUCCAUUCACUCGUGUUUCUGAGCAGGGUGAGGUGGUCAGAAGACUGAAGGCUGAAAAAGCACCCAAGGAGCAAGUAGAUGCUGCAGUAAAACAGCUCUUGGCUCUCAAAGCUGAGUUUAAACAGCUCACUGGUCAAGACUACAAACCAGGCAUGGCUCCUCCCACAGCAUCUCCCACAAAAUCCGCCCCUUCAUCUGACUCCUCCCCUGCUGCCAUAUAUGGGCGUGUGUCCGAUCAAGGGGAGCUGGUCAGAAAGCUGAAAGCAGAGAAAGCACCAAAAGACCAGACUGAUGCAGCAGUAAAGCAGCUUUUGGCUCUGAAGGCAGAAUAUAAGCAGGUAACAGGGCAGGAAUACAAACCCGGAGUUCCCCCCGCUGGUGCUUCUCCAUCAGCUCCAGCUCAGCCUGCCGCCACCACCCCUGCUGUGUCCGACUCCUCUGACAGCUCUCCUAAGGCUAUUUACGAUCGUGUCUCUCAACAAGGAGACCUUGUGAGGAAAUUGAAAACAGAAAAGGCACCCAAGGAUCAGAUAGAUGCUGCAUUGAAGGAGUUGCUGAGUCUGAAAGCCGAGUACAAGCAGCAAACUGGACAGGAAUACAAACCAGGCCUGCCUCCAUCCUCAGGCCCCACCCCUGUACAAUCUAUCCCUGCCCCACCCCAAUCUAGCUCCUCCCAGCCUCAGUCCAGCUCCUCUCCUCAGGCUCAAGCUCUGUUUGCAGACAUAGCCCAGCAGGGGGAGCAAGUGAGACGGCUUAAAGCAGAGAAAGCACCCAAGGAGCAAGUUGAUAAAGCAGUGAAGACUCUGCUUGAACUGAAGGGUCAGUAUAAAGCCCUCACUGGAGAGGAGUACAAGCCUGUGACCACUCCAGGAACUUCAGGGAACACGGGAGGAGAAGACAAGAGCCGUAAAGAGCGGGAGAACAAGUCUGAGAAGCAGGGGGGAGGAGGAGGAGCACGUAAACAGCAGAAAGGAGGAGAGAAACCUCAACAAGGUCAGGACUCUGGAGCAGGUGGAGCAGGAGACGGCCAGGGGCCAAAGAAACAGACACGGCUGGGACUAGAGGCAAAGAAAGAGGAAAACCUGGCUGAUUGGUACUCACAGGUGAUCACCAAGGCCGAGAUGAUCGAGUAUUACGACGUCAGUGGCUGUUACGUGUUGAGGCCCUGGUCUUAUGCUAUCUGGGAUGCCAUCAAAGAAUUCUUUGACCGGGAGAUCAAGAAGCUGGGUGUGGAGAACUGCUACUUCCCCAUGUUUGUCUCUCAGGCUGCCCUGGAGAAAGAGAAGACCCACAUAGCAGAUUUUGCUCCGGAGGUUGCUUGGGUGACAAGAUCAGGAAAGACAGAGCUGGCGGAGCCCGUCGCUGUGCGCCCCACUAGUGAGACAGUCAUGUAUCCUGCCUAUGCCAAGUGGGUCCAGUCACACAGAGACCUGCCAAUCAAACUCAACCAGUGGUGCAACGUCGUGCGUUGGGAGUUCAAACACCCCCAGCCCUUCCUGAGAACCAGAGAGUUCCUUUGGCAAGAAGGACACACAGCAUUUGCCACCAAAGAGGAAGCCGUAGAGGAGGUUCUGCAGAUUCUGGACCUGUAUGCUCGAGUGUAUGAGGAGCUGAUGGCCAUCCCUGUGGUCAAGGGCAGGAAAACAGAGAAGGAGAAGUUUGCAGGAGGAGACUACACCACCACUGUGGAGGCUUACAUCUCAGCAAGCGGCAGAGCUAUUCAGGGUGCCACAUCUCAUCACCUGGGCCAGAACUUCUCCAAGAUGUUUGAGAUCGUCUUGGAGGACCCUGAGAGACCAGGUGAGAAGCAGCUGGCCUACCAGAACUCAUGGGGCAUCACCACACGAACCAUCGGAGUCCUGACAAUGGUUCAUGGAGACAACAUGGGCCUGGUGCUGCCACCCAGAGUAGCAUGUCUACAGGUCAUCAUCAUUCCUUGUGGCAUCACAGCCACUCUCCCAGAAGCAGAGAAAGAGCUUCUGUUGGCCCAGUGCUCCAAAUAUCUUUCUAAACUAGAGAAGGCCGACAUCAGAGUCAAGGCAGACCUGCGUGAUAAUUACUCGCCUGGCUGGAAGUUCAAUCAUUGGGAGCUGAAGGGUGUGCCCAUAAGGUUGGAGGUUGGGCCAAAGGACUUAAAACGGGGUCAGUUUGUAGCAGUAAGAAGAGACACGGGAGAAAAGCUCACUGUGCCAGAGGCUGACGCUGAGAAGAAAAUCCUAAACCUUCUGGAAGAGAUCCAGAACAACCUUUUUAAACGGGCCUCUGAUGAUUUGCACAAACACAUGGUUGUGGCUGAUACGAUGGAGCAAUUCCAGAAAGAUCUGGACCAGGGAAGAAUUGUGCAGAUUCCCUUCUGUGGAGGCAUUGAGUGUGAGGACUGGAUUAAGAAGACAACCGCCAAGUAAGAGAUGUGUCCAUUUCUCCAUGCUUUUGGGUAGGGGU